AUGGGAGAGUACGACAAUUAUCUUGAACUGAUCGAAGACAUUAUAUACAAACUCGUGAAUGAUAUCGAUGUUGAUAAAACUAAGAAAUUUGUUGACAAGUACAAGAAAGAUAACAUGGAUACCAUAAAGCGUAACCGGACAAAACAGUUAAGUAGUGUAGAAUUCUAUGACCGCGAGCUGGAGCAUGAGCGCAUGUUGCGUGAGCGUCGCGAGAAAGCAGAAGCAGAGGACGAGGCUGCCGAGGUCCUUCGACGCAAACGACUUCUCGCAGCCAAGACUCUCCAAGGCUUUUUCUCAGGCGGAGUAGUUGCGCUUCCCGAGGAAAAACAGAAGCCGAAACUGCCUGAAUCGACUUCGAUGGAACCGCCUGCCCCUUCAUCUGUUCUCGAAUCCAAGCAUCGAUUUCUCCCGCCACCCACUGGAUCGGCAGCCCUUCAGCGGGCCACACCAGCCUCCUUUAUGCCCCUCCCACCGACACCGGCCUCCCGAUGGGGCGGAAAUCCACACACGCCUUCAACAGGUGGCCUCCUCACUCCUGUUUCGAGUUUGGUUGGCAUACAGCAAUUCCAGCCGUCGACAUGGGCUACCUCCGCAGAGCACCAUGCCGUAGUCAUUCCACCUGUUAGAAAGAGGCCACAAGACGGCGAGUCGGAGGAUACUGUGGUGCUUAACAGAGCGCGCUUUCCAAAACCGGUAGGCAGAGUGUUCUCACCCAACCUCUCCUUUUGCCAGGCCUCCAGGUCAGCGGACACGGCAGCCCUCGCGCCCACAAGAACACUGAAGGAGUGGCUGGAGCCCUACAAGCCUGAGUUGUGCGGUCCUCAGCCCCCCUCCCCACAAACCGGUGACGUUCGGUGGCCCGGGCUCACGUCUGUUUAUCUCACGACUGUUGUGGAGCCUCUCGCUGCCGCCUCUGCUGCCGCCUCUGAGCCUAGCCUGAGCCACAAUAGCAAUCCCCAUGAGGUCGUGGAGCUGUCCGACAGCGUGGAGGAGGCGACCGUGGAGCCACGUGUGGGCGUCUCCCACGCGCUUCCUCGUGGCGCCUGCGGCAUCUCGCCGGACGUUUUCCUCGCCCGCGCCCUCCAGGACAGCCGCUGCGGCCUCUUCAUCUGA